AUGGACGUAGAGGUUCCUCUGCAUCCUUCUGCCAGGUCGAUUGUCCCUCUGCCACCUGCUGUGGACUCGGUUGCUGGACCUGACCCAGUCAGAAUCGACCUGAUCAACUCCAAGAACCUUGAGACAGGUCCUAGCUCUUCUCCUUCCCGGUGUCCAGCAAGCUCUCUGGUUCAGCAAAUUCUGGAUUUCUCCCCUGUUCCGUGCUCAGCAGGCCCUGGUGUGUCCAAAACUGCACCUGGCCUUCCCCUGGACAUGAACUCAGGGGGGGUGGUUCCUCUGGCGCAUAGUUUGCAUCCCGCUCAUGACCAGGACUCGCUUAGGCCUGUUCUGAACUUCCUGGAAGGCCCUAACGCAGUGACACUCCCCUUGGCUGCCUCUGGUCCUCAAGGACGUUUUCAACAGCAACUUGAGGACUUUGAUAUUAAUUCUCAUACCUCCACUGCAGAUUCAGCUAGCUCACACGCUGGGGGAGAAAAUAGUGACUCGGAAGAGCUUUUGGAGGGAGAACUGAAUAUUAUUUCCCCUCCAACUACACGGUCUCGAACCUUGGCUUCCCUAAUUGCGGAGGAUCCAUCCAAGGCCUCCUUGGGGUCGAUCCCUAGCAUGAGCUGCCUCGACCACUCUCCCAUGGUGGUUAAAAUUCUUUCGCCACUUAAUUCCAAGAAACCAUUUAAGUUUUACAACUUCUGGACUUCUCAUCCCAAUUUCUUGGAUCUUGUGAAGCAAGCUUGGGAUACACAGAAAUUGAAACAACUAAACAGGAGUUUCUUCUCUGACAUCUCUACGAGAACCGAUCAACUUAGAUCUGAUCUCUACGCCGUUCAGGCGGCCCUUGAGCAACACCCUUUUGACCAGAGGCUCCAAGAUAGAGAAGCGGAGCUCACACGUUCCUUUUCUACGAUGAGAAUGCAGGAGGAAUCCUUCUACAGGCAGAAAUCCCUUACUGAACCUCAGGCGGUCAGGGCCCAUAUUGUGAAUCACUUCCAGGAGUUACUUAACGGUGCUUCUGCUUCCACUUGGCCCUCUGUUAGCGAGAUAGGUAUGUUCCUUGGUCGGGUCCUUGAUGAGAAUCAAUGGAACUUGUUGGCGCUUCCAGUCACAGAUGAGGAAAUCUGGUCCACACUUUUCUCGCUUGCAAAGGGCAAAGCCCCUGGACCGGACGGUUAUAAUAUCGAUUUUUUUAAAUCUAGCUGGGAGAUCAUUGGACCCUCUACUCUUGUAGCAGUAAGAGAUUUCUUUGAAUCAGGAUGCAUGCUUAAAGAGAUCAAUAACACCAUUCUCACUCUAGUUCCGAAAUCCCCAAAUGCUUCAGCUAUGUCGGAUUUCCGUCCUAUUGCUUGUUGCAAUACUUUAUAUAAGUGUAUCUCCAAGAUUUUGGCUAGGAGGAUAGUGCGUAUCCUUCCAACACUUAUUGGCCCUGCUCAAACGGCGUUUGUUAAAGGACGAAGGAUUAGUGACAAUAUCUUGAUAGCCCAAGAGCUAUUUGCGGAUUUCCACCACCGGCCCUACCUUUCCAAGUGUGCUAUUAAAGUGGAUUUCCAAAAAGCAUAUGACACUGUUGAUUGGAGCUUCUUAGAGAAGGCUCUAAUGGCCUUCAAAUUUCCUGUCUCCUUUACCAAGCUGGUGAUGGCUUGUGUUACGACAGCAAAAUUUUCGGUUUCCAUUAAUGGCGAAUUGCAUGGCUACUUUGGGAGCUCUAGGGGGAUUCGCCAAGGAGACCCUCUAUCGCCUUACCUUUUUAUUCUGGUUAUGGAGAUCUUCUCGGGCAUUCUAAAGGCUAAAACUGAUAUGCCGGAUUUCCACUGGUUUUGGCGAUGCAAAAAGACCCGGUUAUCGCACCUCUUCUUUGCGGAUGAUGUACUGCUGUUCGCAGAAGGUCACUUGAGGUCAGUUCAACUGAUAAAUGAAUCUCUCCUCUUGUUCUCUGAUUGGUCUGGAUUAAAACCGAAUAAGGCGAAGAGCAACAUCUUCAUCACGGGAGGGACUCAGGCGUUGCAUGACCAGUUAAUUCAAUGCCUCGGGUUUCAGCAGGGUCCUGACCUUGGAGUUGGUGGAGCUAAAGUAGCGUGGAAGGCUGUUUGCUUACCCAAAGAGGAAGGCGGCCUAGGCAUCUGGAGACUUGUUGAAUACAACAAUGCUAUGACUUUAAAGCACAUUUGGCUUCUCUUUACCGACAAAGAAUCCUUGUGGUGUAAGUGGAUACACUCCACCUUUUUAAAGAAGGCAAAUUUUUGGCUUGUGCCCAAACCUACCUUCUGUUCUUGGACAUGGAAGAAAAUCCUUGAUAUGCGGUUAUCUGCUCAAGCUAUGUUCCGAUGGAAGAUUGGAAAUGGGCGCUCUGUAUCCUUCUGGUUUGACUGGUGGCACAGCAGGGGCCCGCUAUACUUGCUUUUUAGUAAUGCGGAGAUCUAUCAAUCGCGCAUUCCUCGGGAUGCUACAGUGCGAUCUUUCUACGAAGGUUCUUAG